GAGCAUUAAGUUGAGAAGUGGCCUUGGUCAUACCUUGUUCAUGUGAUCUGUAUACUUCAUACGUUUGCAAUUAACUUAUGAAACCCCACAAACGAGUUGAUAAGAACAACCAGAUAUAACUACUUCAUACUUCAUACCUCUUCUCUCUUCACAAUCAAGACCAAACCAUCAUCUCAUCCAUGGCCUAUGGAAGAAGAAACCAAACCUCCUCACUCUUAGAAGGCUUCUCCCUAAACCCUCUACCCUACCCAGUUCUCAUAAUCCUUGCACUCAUCUCACUCUUUCUCGGCUUCUCGUGGUACUCCUCCUACGAAUCAGCAGUGGAAGAAGCCGAGUCACAGUUCAACUGGGUCCUUCUGGUCACACCAAUAGCCUUACUUCUCAUUGUUAAGUGGCUCUCAUCUAUGGAGCCGGAUUGGCUCUUUUCCAUGUCUCCGUGGGAACGACGUCGUAGAACCCACAACCUUCCGUCGGAGGGGAGCUCACCGUGGGGAGUUGCUGCUGUCAUUGUGCUCUUGCUGGUUCUGCUGCAGUUUCAGUCCAUUUUCCGAGAUAGCUGGCUUAUAUAACUACUCUGUUUCAAGGUCAGAGUACUCUGUUAUCUCUUCUAUGCCUUAAACCAAGAAGUUGUGAUCUUUAAGCUCUUUGUUGUCUAGAUAACUAGGUGUAGCUAGCUAGUAGUUUGUACAUAAUGAAAUAUGAAAUACGUGUACCUUGUACUUUCUUUGUAUUGUGUCAUAGUAUGUUGGAAUUUUUCUGGGUUGUUCAUGUUGGUGCUUCACAGAUUUGAUACAGAGAUUAUGAUCCUUACAUGAUCCAUCAAUGAUUAUGGGUUUUGGAUUUUCUAUGCUUUUGUUU